ACGCAUAAUCCACUAUGGCGUCAGCAGUACUAGUCACGAUGUGUCGAAUGUGCAACGUAUAGUAUCGAGUUGUAUUUCUUAAGUAUUUUAAAGUGUAUAAAUUAAUAAUAAUGAAAUGAAACUGAAUGUAUAUAUUUUAAUAUAAUAUCAAAGCAUUGAGCUGCUAUACUAUUUUAUAAUUUCAUACUCAAACUUUUGAUAUUUAAUCAUCAACAUACACAAAUCAUCAUGAAAUCACUUUUCACAGUUUGUUUGUCUACUAUUAUUUUUUGUGUUUUUAUUGUGAACUCAGCUGGAUCUCGAGUUAUUGAAUUAAGUGACAGGUUUCUUGACAUUUAUCAAGAUGGACAUUGGCUAGUAAUGAUGUAUGCACCAUGGUGUGCACAUUGUAAAAGACUGGAACCUAUAUGGGCUCAUGUAGCUCAACACUUAUAUGCGAGUCCCAUCAAAGUCGGCAAAAUCGACUGUACGAGAUUUAGUAGUGUAGCUCAUAGUUUUAAAAUCAAAGGAUUUCCUACUAUUUUAUUCUUGAAAGGAGAGCAACAAUUUACAUAUAAUGGAGACAGAUCAAGAGAAGAAAUAGUCAAAUUUGCGCUAAGAUUAAGUGGCCCUCCUGUUCAAGAAAUAACUAGAACUCAAAGUUUUGAAACACUUAAGAAUGAACGUGAUAUAUACUUUUUAUAUGUGGGAGAACAAAUUGGACCACUAUGGGAAAUCUAUCACAAAGCAGCUCAUACAUUUCAACCCCAUGCAUUUUUUUAUCAAUCACAUCCAGUUGUUGUUGAUAAACAUGCGCCUGUCGAAAAUACACCAGUGAUUUUCGUUUAUAAAGAAAAUUCACAUUAUAAUUUUACUGCACAUAAUUACAGUGAUGUGGAUACUCUGAAUAAAACAUUACACAGUUGGGUUAAUGCAGAACGUUUUCCAACAUUUCCUAAAGUCACUCAUGGUAAUAUACAUCAGUUAUUUAAAACGAAUAAAAAUUUAGUACUUGCAGUUGUUGAAGAAAAUGCAGUAGAAGAUGUAUCACCAGAUAUGCUGGAAUUUCGUGACAUGGUAGAGUCAGUAAUAAAACGAAAAAGAGAUAAAUAUCAUGAACAUUUUCAGUUUGGCUGGGUAGCUAAUAGCAACCUUGUAAAUAGCAUAGCUAUGACAGAAAUGCCUUUACCAAGUUUAAUAGUCAUAAAUACAACUUCACAUCAUCAUCAUAUUCCAGAAGAUGAACCAACCAAACUCACAGUUCAAGCAAUUGAAAUGUUUUUGGAGCAUAUUCGUAAUGAAAGUGCACCGAGAUACGGAGGAAAUAGUAUUCCAAUACAAAUGUACCGAACAUGGUAUGAUGUUAAAUCAUCUCUCCUUUCUAUGUGGAGAGGGAACCCCGUCUUAACAAUAGUUAUAUUUGGAUUACCAACAUUAUUUUUGAUGCUAAUUUGUUACGGUAGUUGUUGUCCAGAUAUUUUUGAUGCAGCAGAGGACGAAGAAGAAGAAGAUUCGAGCCAAAAGCACAUGAAAAAGGAUUAAACAAGAUUGUGUAAAAUCUUUAAAUUGAAUGAAAUUGCUUCCAUUUACUCUGAGUAUUUCACAAAAAUUCUAGAUAGGUGAAUUAUUUAUCUAAUUUGCAAUAUAUUACAUUGUAUAGAUGUUAUUUAAUUUAUACAUAGAAUGAAUGUGACAGUGCCAUAGUGUCUUAAUAACUAUCAUCGUAUUUAAUGCAAGAAUGCAUUAUUAAUGAAUGGAAUUUUUAUCAGACAAUACUAAAUAAUAUUGAUAAAUAUGUUGGUUUUAGUCGCGUGAAUGUGUUCCUAUAAAUCUGUACAAGAAUGGUUUGCUUUUUAAUUGUUUUAUGGUCACUACGUAAAAGUGAAAUUCUAUUGAAUUUUAUUUAUUUAUUUAUUUUAUGAGCAUCGAAACAAUGUAGUUCCAAAAUGGUUGGAAAUGGAGAAUAAUUUAUUAGAAUAUAAUGAGACAAAUAUUAACAUCAAAGAUUAAAAUUUGUAAAGUUUAUUGAUAAUAAAAUGUGAAUGGAGUAAA